GUGACGUAGAGUGACUAGUUUAUCGAUUCGAAUGAUGGCCGUGGUAAAUUCGAUCAAUAAGGAGGCCAGAGCAGGUGCAGGUGGAACGGAGUAUUCGGAGAACAUGGCUGCUAUCCUGUUGAAAAGUUUGCAUAAUAUCGAAUUGCUCGACGAACCGACUGCAAAAUGGGACGUCCCUUUGAGCGACGGAAACCACGUGAUAGAGUUCGAACACGGGACGGCGACAGGUCGUCGAUUGGUGAAAAUAGAUGGCAAAGAACUGAUCCACCGAGAUUGGAUGUUCCAUCUGGUUGGAGAUGAAACGUUCACGUUCAACGGUAACAAAUUCGUGAUUAGAAUCGAUCCGAUCCCAGCUCCGAUAGGUUUAAAGUAUUCGUACACCUUGUGGGUUAAUGGGAAGAGCUACGAGAAUUUCAUUCGGGCGCAGUCGAAAAUUUUAGAAACUUGGUUGGCUAGUGUUGGUAACGAAGAGUACAGGAUAGUGUUAAAUAAGCAAACGCAGACUGUUUGGAUAAACGGCGAGGAGAUCGAGACAGAGGUAAAAAUAAUUCCUUGCUCGUGUUUGAAGAAAUAUGGAAAGUCUUUUGUUCCAGAACGAAUUUACCGACGACGGCGCAGAGAUAUUGUUCCCCAUAGGAGAUCUCGUAGCUUCGAUCAAAUCCUACAGCUCCGGCCAGAAAGAAAUCGGAAUAACGUACACUUUAUACAUCGACGACAUAGAAAUCGAGAAAGAAGUGCCUCUAAAAGAAUCCAACGACGCCUGAAAUCAACAUGAAAUUUACUAUCUUACUGUUUCACUUCGUGAAUUUUACUUACACUUUGUAUAUAACACAAUAAACCACAUGGCAAUAAAACGACUCUCAUUUAUGAACUGAACAUAGCUAGUUAGUAUUCAGAUCGCCGUAUUCCGGAAGACAAUUUUGAACAUGUUUUUAAUUUUAUAGUAUGUACUAGAUUUUUGUAAUCCGCGAAAAUGUCGAUGAGAGAGAGCAUAAUCAGUAUUGGGUCUCGAAUGUUUCAGAGACAUGAUGAUAUGCACUUUGAUGGUAUGUUUCAUUCGAAAUUCUUUAGUUCUAACCUGAAUGAUUUGCUCGAUUACAGUUAUGACUAUUGAGGAACUGCAUCAGAUGCAGGAUGACCUUCUGCAGAAGAUCUGGAUGACCACUCUUGAGAACGAUGUGUACGAACG